AUGCACGCUACCCUGGUUGCCCUUGGGGGCCGCUCAGCCUGGAAGGGCCCGUUCUUCGUGCACUUUCCGAAGUUGCGGGACGCAAUGGAGAAGAACAUACCAAUAAAGACGCAGGCACGAGCGUGUACAAUCUUACCAAACUUCGUCGGCUGUCGUUUCUUGAUUCACAACGGCAAAGACUACAUCCCCAUCAGCAUAACCCAGGAUAUGGUUGGGCAUAAGCUAGGAGAGUUUGCGCCGACGAGGAAAAGGUUCCACUACAAGUCUACCAAGAAUCGGUAG